AUGUCCAAUUUGGUUUUGACCUCGCAAUUGAUUUCGAAAUUUUGGAGCGUUUCAAGCAUACGCUUCGUGCGCUGGAAUUCUUCUUCAAAGAGCAGAUGGCUUGGCAGACAACGAUCCGAUUCCUUUACAAGAGAAGCCAAAGUACUUGGAUUGAGAUCGAGAGCAGCAUUCAAGCUUCAGCAAAUUGAUGACAAAGUCAAAUUGUUUCGGAAAAACGCCAACCAAAGGGUGCUGGAUUUAGGAUACGCUCCGGGUGCAUGGUCUCAGGUGGCCUUGGAAAGAACUGGAUCUGACGGCAUAAUACUUGGGGUGGACAUUUUGCCAUGUUCGCCACCGCGAGGAGUGCAUUCGAUACAGGCCAACAUUUUAGCUAAAAAAACGCAUGAGCUCAUAAGGCUCUUUUUCUCUAAACACUUCCAACUGUAUCGGGAAGAUCAACUGCAUAAAGACCACGGCUAUUUCCAGCACAUGCUUGAAGAAGAACUCGCUUUCGUCAAUGAACAGAGCGCGAUAAACUCUGACAGACCUUGCGUGGAAGGAACUCCAAUUGACGUUAUAAUAAGCGACAUGUAUGAACCCUGGCCUCAAACUGAAGGAUUUUGGAAUAACUUUACUAAUUCAGCCUAUGACAGGAUGGCCAAUACUACAGGUAUUGCCAUAAAAGAUCACUUCAUGUCGAUGGAUCUAUGUGAUGCUGCGCUGGUAGCGGCCAUUGACUUGCUCAAGCCGGGUGGCUCUUUCGUUUGCAAGCUAUACACCGGCGAGGAGGACAAACUAUUAGAAGAGAGACUGAAGCGGGUCUUCAGAGAUGUACAAAGGUUCAAACCGUCAGCUUCACGGAACGAGUCAAAGGAGUUAUACUUCAUUGGGUUGGGGAAGAAAAAAGACGUAAACAAGUUGGACGUAUUUCUCAACUAA